GAACCAGAGAUUAUAAAAAUCAACGCUUCAGUUGCAGAAUGCACACCUGACUCGCAAAAAUGUAGUUCUUUUGGGUUUUAGCCCUUUAGCAGCAUCAAUUAUCACAUGAAUGACUUUAAUUUGGGAACAAACAAUGUACUCUCAACACCCCUCACAGUAUGAAGCCACUUUCUUUUCAUGCACGACAGUUUUUCUAGUUGUUGCACAUUUCUUAUUGUCUCAUCACUACAUGUUGAAAGAUAAAUUAUAUUUAAUAACCUAGGCAGACAUUGAACACGCUAACAUUUUUCUCAGUAAACAUACUUUUAAUUGGACCUAUUAACUGGAUAGAGGAGCUUUUUCUACCUGAUGACUGCUUCAUUAUAGAUUUUGGGUACAUUACUGUUUUUUCAUCUUUAGUGGAGUCUUGCGCAGACAAAGAUUAUAGAAAAAACUUCAUGUGCUAAUCCAGCUCUUUCUCAAACUGUCUGCAAGUGAACCUGAGAUGAAUAAGGGUAAAACAUGCUGAAACAGAUAAUUGGGACUUGAGGUUAGUCUGGAACCUGACCCCGACCUUUUCAGAACCCUGAGAUAGUAACUAGUUACAAAAGCUCUCUUAUAUAGAUGUAGAGACUGCUUGGGUGUGUGUAAUAUCUUCAUGAGCGUAGGACUUACAUGCUACCAGCAAGGUUAAGGUAACCAGAAAUAUAUAAAUCCUGUCUUUCUCUCAAACUUGAAUCGUCGCAAUUCUGUUACUUCCCUUUUUUUAAUUAAGACUUGAACUUACAAUGUAAACUGUGUCGGUCAUUGACUGUACAAAUACCUCAUCUGUGACGUCUGACAUGAUGUCGGGGCUAUAUUCAGUCUUCUGUAGAUGAGGCAGUUAAACGCGGGUGCUGUGAUUUUCUUCACAUUCCGUUGACACUUCAUGCCUGCGAUUUCUUCCUCCACAACACAUUUACGCUCAUCACUACCUCGCUCGCUCCUUUUCUCCUCCUCUCAUCUUUCUUUUUGCCCCUGUCUGUAAUUGGAUUCUAUUUUCAGGCCGCCAUGAGUGUCUGUGUGUCUCCUGUGUUUGUGUCUCGCACCCCUGUUUCUUCCCAUCUCUCCUCCAUCGUCACCCUGUGCUCCCAUCGUUCUCCACUGGUCUGUCACCAUCUCCUCUGCCCUGCCCUCUCUCCAUUGUUUACCUCUUUCUUACUAACUGCUUUACUUUUGCAAGGCAUCCAUUGAACUUUUUUUCCCAUCCUUUUAUGUGUAGCUGUUUGGUACGGCGAAUAUCACAAGAAAAGCUGCAUGUAAAUUGUGCUGGAUGAGGUAAUGCAAACUGCAUGAACUGAUGGGAAUAGCUCUCUCAUGACCUAGUUCUGGUAGUCUGGGUUACACAGCGAUCCAAGAGAGGAAGUUAUAUUUAGUUAGGAGAACAAACUCGAAAAAGAGAGGAUGAGAAGUACUGUAGAAUCUGCAAAACACAAGAGUGAUGUAUAUGUAGGCAGACAAAGAACUUCUAAUUGCAUUGUGGGAUAGUGGCUUGAGUCAUUUUAGGCAAGGCAAUUAAUCAGUUAAACAGAAUUUAAGAAGGGGAGGAGUGGAAAUUAGGAGACUGAGAGAGGGAGGGAGUCUUGCUGUAGAAGUUGGUUGGCUGUCAGGAGCUCUCUAGAGGUCCUGCAUGUGUUUAAAAGACCAAAAAUACUUGGAGAGAAAUGAGGAGAGGCUAUAAGAGGUGGAAAUGUUGACAAGCGAGUAGAAGAAAUGGGAAUUUCUCGUCGAACCACAAAACUCUCGACGGCGAGGCCUGGAAGCAGUAAAACCUCGACGCGCACCCCGCGAUGCGGCCGUGCCACUCAGAGCCGCAACACGCCUGUACGGACGGUCAACAUCCGACCGCUGCCGCUGCGAAGCUCACCUCCAUACAAACAGCAUGCUCAAGCCACACAGCCACGCAAGGCGCACUCGCGUCCGAUGCAGACUCACUGCUCGACUCAGCACCACGAGCAGCACAUGUCGCAUGCCGAUCAUCACUCAGGCUGCACCUUUUACUGCUAUUUUUGCUACUGCUGUUACAGCUGCUGCCUCAUGUUGCUCUCUUUUUCUCUCCUCCUCCUCCUUUCUCCGCCUCCCAACGCUCCUUUCUCUGAUCCCUCCUCCACUUUGACCUCAAAUACCACCACACCUCCUCCCUCCUCUCCAAUCACGCAACCUACAACUUCCUGUUUGGAUGAACUUUCCUGCUUCUGCCCGGAUGCCAACCUGACUUUGUCUCCAAUACCUCCCCAAUGCCCUCGACCUCUUUGUCUAAUCUCGGAUGAUUCCUCACCUCUCCUCAUCACCUCCUGCCCUGACCCAACCACCUCCACCUGUCAUGGUUCCUCAUACUCCUCUACAACAUCGGACUCUCUCCCACGUCCUCACAAACCAAUUCUCUGCCGGCCUUGGCCGUCAACCCGCUCUCUUUCCUCGCUACUCCUCUGCCCUCCCAGCUUUGGCGAUCCAGUUUUAUCCUAUGCCUCCACGCUGGAGCACAUUCCCUCCCGGCCUCGGACGCUGCUGCGGCAGCAGAGUCUGCAGCAGCCCCUCAUCCACCCAUCGGGCCCGGGCCUCAGCCACCCGCCUACCACAUCCCAAAGCUUGGGACAGUUACACACAGGACCUGGACAGCCUGGGGGAGGUGGCGGGGCAGGGAGAGGAGAUGGCGGCGGUAACAGUGGUGAGGGUGGGGGUGCAGGUACACGAGGCAGUGGCCGCGGUGCACGGGGUGGCUCAGCGGGAGCAGCCGCCUCACGUUAUAGGGGAGGCGGAGCAGGAGGGCGCUCUCGUGGCAACCCUGGCAGCUGGGAUUACAUGAUGGACCAGAUGAAGAACCGGGGCCUGGAUGUCAAGUCCUUCCUGGGCAACAAGCCAGCAAACAGCCCCAAGGGUCACCCUCCUGAUGCCGACGGGCACUCUUCUGUAACUGACCUGGCCAACUCGCUCACUGGAGACAUGGUGAUGUUGUCCCCAGGUUCAGAGGAUGAUGACGGCGAAGGGCCCGUCAGUGAAAAACUCGGUCGAAUCCAGUUCAGCAUAGGCUACAGCUUCCAGAACACAACCCUCACCGUCAAAGUUCUCAAGGGCCAGGACCUUCCAGCCAAGGAUUUCUCCGGCACCUCGGACCCUUUCGUCAAAAUCUACCUGCUGCCUGACAAGAAGCACAAGUUGGAAACCAAGGUCAAGAGGAAGAACCUCAACCCCCACUGGAAUGAAACCUUCCUCUUUGAGGGCUUCCCUUACGAGAAGGUGAGAGAACGCACUCUCUACCUCCAGGUGUUGGACUACGACCGCUUCAGCAGGAACGACCCCAUCGGAGAGGUGUCAAUCCCCCUGAACAAGGUGGAACUGGGCCAGCUGAAGACCUUCUGGAAGGAGCUUAAGCCCUGCAGUGAUGGCAGUGGGAGACGAGGCGACCUGCUGGUGUCUCUCUGCUAUAAUCCCACUGCCAACACCAUCACUGUGAACAUCAUCAAAGCUCGCCACCUUAAAGCCAUGGAUAUCGGGGGCACCUCGGACCCUUACGUAAAGGUGUGGCUCAUGCACAAGGACAAGCGUGUAGAGAAGAAGAAGACGCCGGUGAUAAAGCGCUGUCUGAAUCCAGUUUUCAACGAGUCCUUCCCCUUUGACGUCCCUGCCCAUGUGCUGAGGGAGACUACCAUCAUCAUCACCGUCAUGGACAAGGACAGGCUUAGCCGCAACGAUGUUAUUGGCAAGAUCUACCUAUCGUGGAAGAGCGGGCCAGCAGAAGUAAAGCAUUGGAAGGACAUGCUCGCUCGGCCGCGCACUAACGUCGCCCAGUGGCACGCUCUUAAGGCCUGAUCGCACCACCCAGCUUCCUCCAUGGCCACUUCCCGUCUCCUUCUUCCCACCCUUCUUCUCUCUCCCCUACUCCCGCUCCCGUCCUUAUGCACAAGACUGACUUGCUGCCAGGCUGCGAAACACGGGUACAAUUAGCCAUCUGCUCUCUUAAACCUUUAAACUCUUCUCUAUUUUCUUUUAGAAUCUCAAUUUCCUCUUCCACUUCUCUCUGAAUUUCUCGCCCCUUGUGCUGUUGUAUGUUUUUUUUUUCUGUGUCGCCACUUUGCCAAUAGUCCCCCUGUUUCUGACUGUCUGUAUGUCUGUCUUUCUGUCCUUAUGCAAUCGGCCCAUGGAGGUCUAACGAUCUGUUUAUUUGUCGCUGCAGUCCCUUACCGGUUAAACAAGUUGGUAUCUUAGAGAAUCAUAAUAAUUUGAGCUCAUUUAAUCUUGUUGUAUAAAUAGUACAGUUAUACAAUAUAAUACAGAAGGCAGUGUAUGAACAUACAGGCGGGUGUCAAUAAAUUACAAUACCAUGGUAAUGUUAAUUUAGUGAUUCAGCUCAAAAAGUGAAACUCACUGCAUACCAAGUGGGUAAACUAGAGUAUUAUAUAUUUCCAGUCUUUAUGUCUGUUAAUUUUGAUGACUGUGAUGUACAGCUAAUAUGAACCCCAAAUUCAGUUUCUUGUAGAAGUCAGCUAUUACAUAAAACCAAUGAAAAAAAAUUAAUACAGCAUUGUGGUGCUACAACAUGUACUAUACAAUGUAUGUCUUCAAUAAUUGACCGGGGCCACCAGCCUGUGGCUCUGCAGAUGUGUGCGCCAGCCUUCAGUUCAUCCUCAUUGUUGGCUCUGGAGCUUCGGCAAUGUUUGAGCUUCAGACCAGGAGAGUUUGCACUUUUGCCAUAUUUUGCUGGAAAAAUAAAAUCUGCUCUUCUAAAAACCUCGUCAGCAGAGUGAAACAUGGAGUGCUCUGAAACCUUUUUGGUAAAUGUCUCUGCUGACGUUGGACUUUAUAAAAUACAAUAGAACAACCUCAACCAGCUUGAAAUCUGUGCCUCUUCCCUUUAUCUCCAGACUCUGGGAUCUUGAUUUACCAAUGAAAAAUAAAAUCUACUUUUCUAAUGAAAAGAGGACUUUGGACAUGUCCUUUUUAAGAAGUAUUUGUCAGUGUCUUGCAUUCAGGAGUGUCUUAACACAAGGAAGGUAACAGUUGCAGAAUAUAUUCUGGAAAUGACUCUUAAAGCUCUGACUCCAGCCACAGUCAGUCCCUUGUGAUUCUCACCAAAAAUCAUAAAUGAGCUAGAAUCCUCUCAAGGCUUCAGUUAUCCCUGUUGCCUGUGCCAGAUUUUUCUGCCACCCUUUUUCCUUCCACUCAACUUUUCAAUCAGCAGCACACUCUUGUGGUUUGCCACCUUUGUACAGAAUGUCAGUCUCUGUCUGCUGCUAUCUUCUAUUUAUCUGAGAAACAGAAAUUUGGGUUUUCAGUAGUUGUUACUCGGUAAUGAUCAAAAUAAAGAGACAUAAAUGCUCCAAAUAUAUGAUGUUUGUAGUGAAUCUCUAUUAAUUAUUGAUUCUAUUAAUGAAUUAACUUUUCUGUGACGUUACGAUGCAUCUUAUGAAGAUAUAAUUUAGCUACGUAGGCUGGCAGGGUUUCACCUAUGAACACUAGUUAACUGUAUCUUAGCCAUAUUCUGUCACCUGUUUCCCCGUUUCAUUAGUCUUUUCAUUGACCCUACUGUUCUCAUUAUUUGUCCCAAGUGUUUUACAUUUUUCUCUCAUAGCAAACCUUUUCUCCUUCACUCAAGAGUGGUUUAAUGUUCAGCUGAAGUCUUUGAAAGUGAUCGAUAAUAGGUUUGUGAUGAAACAAGCUGAACUCAGGAUGGAUUUGUUCACACUGUUGUCUCUUCUCUUCCUUCUAUUCUCUCUGUAUUCUCUUUUCUCCUCUUCUCUUCCUUCUGGCACAAUAUUAGUGACUUACUUUGCCUCACCACUCCUCUCACAACAACCCUCUUUCUGGAGCCUUCCUUGUCGUCUGUGUGCUGUGGGUGCUGUGCUGUAGCUCCAACAAAAAUAGAGAUUUAAAAAAAAAAAGGAAAAAAAAAAGCAACUGAACUUUCCAAAGCUGGGAAAAGAUGGGACACAAACUUGUGAUAUGGAUUUGUCCCGAUUUUUCCAGAAAGAAGAAGAAAAAAAAAAA